AUGACUAUGGCCCUCCAACGGCGUGAGACUCUAGCCAGACGUUCCCGGUCAAGUUUGAUGAGGAGGAAUAUCUGUAUAAGCAACUCGUUUGGAAGGCGAUCGAUGAACGGGACGGCGCUUGCUUUGAUCAGCUCAUCGAUUACAACUUUCUGGUUUGCUACAGCCUUGCGGACGACCACGAUCUCCUGGAGAAGUUCCGACUCCCUGUGUUGCAGGCGAAGGAGCUCGGCUCGUGCAUCGCAAAGGCUUUUCAUGGUGUGCCACUGAGAACGAUUGAAACGUAUCAGACUGUUAUCGACUCGAGGACGUUUGUUGUCUGCGGUUCUGUCAGUUCAUUGUAAACCACGGGAAAUCUCGCCGGCGACGAUCUACAAUGCCUCAGCAGGUUGAACAUGCGACUGUGAUAAUGCUCGAUGCUAUCACUGAACACGACGUUGGCAGGAAGUUGAGAGUUGCGGGCAGGAUGUUAACUUAUGACCCUGAAUCUGCGCUCGUGCUCUUGCACGAUGCUUCCAGUGCAUUGCUUGUAGACGCGACUCUCUGCCUCGACCUGGAAGCCAUGCACUCCGUUUGUAGUCCUCCAAGCGAACGUUCAAAGAAUCCCAACGUAGAUCACAACUGGGCCUUACAACGCAAAAGCCACGUAUGGGUGGUGGGAUACCUCGAACGGGCCGAGGAUGAGCUCCCUAUUCCCAUGCUUCCGGCCUACCUACCUGCUCCUGAUAUCAACCCCUCGAUCUUUAUUCAUGCAUUGAUCAUCUCACCAGCAAAGGAUCUCGACAUUGUGCGGCUGCGCGCUGCUCUCACAGCGAUGGCGGAGGUGCCUCCAACGCCUUACCCAGUUUGAAGUACAUAACCGACCCAGAUUGUCCGCGGACUUCUUCGAGUCGACCACUAUGUGUCCGACACUUGAUCGUUUAUCUUGACACAUCAUACUGCAAGUAGCGCAUAGGCAAUUAGCAGUCACGCAUUCUCCUAGUGCAACUGCUGUGCAGACACCGUAUGGGCUCACAACGGAGGCCCUUCUGAUCUCAUAACCUUCCAUUCAAAGCAUUUCCAGUCGGGAGUACGACUACUCCGGAGCUCUACAACUAAGGUUUCGCCCCUUGCCUUUUUACUUACUAGCAUAGAUAGCAUAGUCAUUACUGGUUAGAGAGUUCGUGGCUUAUCCGAAGGCGUCCAUUCACUUCCCCUGCUACAGAAGUCA